AAAAACUAGGAGAGAGAGAGAAAUGGAAGAAGAAGAAGAAGAGCAUGAAGUAUACGGAGGAGAAAUUCCAAUGGAAACUGAUACCUUAACUGCCCCCACUGAUGAUGAUGAUGCCUCCGUUAAGGAAUUGGAUGAGAUGAAGAAAAGAUUGAAAGAGAUGGAAGAUGAAGCUGCUGCUCUCCGUGAUAUGCAGGCCAAAGUUGAGAAAGAAAUGGGCUCUGUUCAAGAUCCUGCUAAUGCAGCUGCUUCGCAGGCAAACCGUGAGGAAGUGGAUGCACGAUCAAUAUUUGUUGGCAAUGUUGAUUAUGCAUGUACCCCAGAGGAAGUUCAGCAGCAUUUCCAGGCAUGUGGCACUGUGAAUCGAGUUACCAUUCUAACUGAUAAGUUUGGUCAACCUAAAGGUUUUGCUUAUGUGGAAUUCGUUGAACAAGAAGCUAUUCAGGAGGCACUCCAACUGAAUGAGUCCGAACUGCACGGACGACAGUUGAAGGUUAUGCCCAAGAGGACUAAUGUUCCAGGGAUGAAACAGUUUCGUCCGAGGCGCUUCAAUCCUUAUAUGCCUUACGGAUUCAGAAGACCAUAUGCACCUGCCCCUUAUUUCUACUCUCCUUAUGGAUAUGGGAAAGUUCCGAGAUUCAGGAGGGCUUCGCGGUUCAUGCCUUACUACUAAAAAAUGUU